CCCAGCUUGAUGACGAACAAAAAUCUGUGUUUACCAUGGCGGCUAUCUGCUAAUUGAAAGAAAAAUGCGGCGUGUGUAGCUUUAAGAACAAGUACAUAUUAGGGGGAAAAAUAAAAAGAUAUUCGUUUCAGGAUGUCCAACAGAACCUCAUAUUUUUACGACCCCGACGUGGGCAACUUUCAUUACGGUGCUGGCCAUCCAAUGAAGCCUCACCGUCUGUCCCUGACUCACAGUCUGGUGCUGCACUAUGGGCUCUACAAGAAAAUGAUGGUGUUUAAGCCGUACAAAGCAUCGCAGCACGACAUGUGCCGCUUCCACUCUGAAGACUACAUAGAUUUUCUACAGAAGGUCAGCCCCAAUAAUAUGCAGGGCUUCACAAAGAGCCUCAACACAUUCAACGUCGGUGAUGACUGUCCUGUAUUUCCAGGUCUAUUUGAGUUCUGCUCAAGAUACACUGGAGCCUCUUUACAGGGCGCUACACAACUCAACCACAAGAUCUGUGACAUCGCCAUCAACUGGGCUGGAGGACUUCAUCAUGCUAAGAAAUUUGAGGCAUCUGGUUUUUGCUAUGUCAACGACAUCGUCAUCAGCAUACUGGAGCUGCUCAAAUACCACCCAAGGGUUCUGUACAUUGACAUUGAUAUUCACCAUGGCGAUGGCGUCCAGGAGGCCUUUUACCUGACUGACCGCGUCAUGACCGUGUCCUUCCACAAAUAUGGAAACUACUUUUUUCCAGGAACAGGUGACAUGUACGAGGUCGGGGCAGAGAGCGGCCGGUACUACUGUCUUAAUGUUCCUCUGAGAGAUGGCAUUGAUGACCAGAGUUACAGGCAGCUGUUCCAGCCGGUUAUUAAACAGGUGGUGGAUUUCUACCAGCCGACCUGCAUCGUUCUACAGUGUGGAGCAGACUCUCUGGGCUGUGACAGACUGGGCUGCUUUAACCUCAGUAUACGAGGACACGGCGAGUGUGUGGAGUUUGUCAAAAGUUUUAAGAUUCCUCUGCUGGUCCUGGGAGGAGGAGGAUACACCGUGAGGAACGUGGCGCGCUGCUGGACCUUUGAGACGUCUCUGUUACUGGAUGAAUCCAUCAGUGACGAGCUGCCUUACAGCGAGUAUUUUGAGUACUUUGCUCCAGACUUCACGCUGCAUCCUGACGUCAGCACCAGGAUAGAAAACCAGAACUCCAGACAGUACUUGGAGCAGAUCCGUCAGACGGUGUUCGAGAACUUGAAGAUGCUGAACCACGCGCCCAGCGUCCAGAUCCACGACGUUCCCUCCGACAUGCUGAGCUACGAACGCACCGACGAGCCUGACCCCGACGAGAGGGGGGGCGAGGAAAACUACACCAGGCCAGAGGCAGCUAACGAGUUCUACGACGGCGACCACGACAACGAUAAAGAGAGCGACGUGGAAAUUUGACCCCGCACCGCUUUCGGUUUUUCCAUCUCCUGCGGUCUCCGAACGUCACGUCAAUCACUGCAGAUUUACCACAAACUCUACAACAGAAAUACCAGAUCUGAAUGGACCGAAAAGACUCUCAGAGCGAUUAUUCAGUUUCUAAGUCUCGUUUAUAACGUCACAGAGUCCAAAUUACAUUUACAAGUGGCAUAAAUGGAUACAGAAACAUACAUCAGGUGUUCAUGUGAAAAGAAAACAGGAUUGGAUUCUCCUUUUUUUGUUAUUUUAAAACAAUAUCAGGGCUCAAAACACUUUUUCCUUUUCUGUAUAUGUCAAAUGUCUAUAUUUUGGUAACAGCGAUUUUUAAAACAUUUUUCUGCUUGUUAUAUUGUCCAUGUUAUUGUAGAAAUAAGAUUGACUUCUUAAAGAGGAAAAAAAAAAUCACUUGUAACUAAUUUUGAGUCUUCAGCAAGUUUUCCACCUAAAAAGACACGAGGAACUCAUUUAUAUUUUAUUUUGAAAGUGGCGUACAUGACUAAGAAGCUGUUUACGAGUCACACCUUCGUCAGGUCAGAUGUUCUAAAUGCCGCUUUUUUCCUCAGACAGAAACUAUUUUAAGCCCCUUAUUUUGAAACUUUAAAACAAAGCAGCUUCACUUCAUCCUCAGACUGUCUUCAACUCUUCUUGUGUGGCAGUUGCUUUGUUUUAAACAUCACUAUUCGUGUGCCUUAAAGCUCUGAAAAUCCGAGCACUGAUGUAGAGCUGGGCACAUUUUCACACAGACUUCCAUUUUUAACUUGACACCAAUUUGGAUUCCGAACGAGUAAAAAAGAAAAAAUCUGCAGCUCGAGGCCACUGGACUGGAACUACUUUCCUGUCUUCUUCAUUCCUUCCUCUUUUUCCUCUUCUCUUUAACUGUAUAUAUAUACACGUAUAAAUGUAUGAGCUGUGAAUGUGUUUCUGAUGUAGAAGAGGACGCUGUGGUGAUGAUGUUGGUAGUGUGUUUGUUGGAUCAAAGGAAGGAGUGCUGCUCUUUCACUGUGUUACACAUGUAUACCACCUGUUAAAACAACAGUAGAAACUCUUAAUGUCAUCUCUGGUCCUCUUUUUUUAGCCAGAAACCAGUUUUAUGUGAUUUUUUUGAUAUAUUGUUGUCAGCAACUGUUGUUUUUAAUAAAAUGAAGAAAUUGAA